AUGCCGAUGCGCUGGACCCCCGAAAACGAUCAGCUUCUUUUGCUGAAAAUUCUUGAGACCCAUGACCUUUCCGUCGAUACAAACAAGGUUGCUUCGGCCUGGCCCGGUAUUGAUGAAAACGAAAAGCCAACUCCUCGUGCCAUAAGGGAGCGCCUUGUUAAGAUGCGACAAAUUGUCAAAGCUUCUGGCAGUGAUGGUUUUACCAUUGGUAGCAAGACGGGAAGCGAGACGUCUACUCCCAAGAAGGCCAAAAAAACCGCUACCCCUGUCAAGACUCCCGGAUCUAAGCGCAAGCGCGGUGGAAAAGCCGGUGCCGUUGCUGACGCAAACGACAACAUCAACGCUCUCAAGAACGAGGAGAAUGCCAUCAGUCCGGUCAAGAUGGAAACCGGCGACGACGAGAUCGACACACCUACCAAGAAGAAGCCUCUCCACCCGACUCUUUCAGGAAACCAGGGACAGGUCCAGAGUGGCUUCGUGAAGACCGAGGGAUCUGAUGAGUCUGUCUUUGGCAUUCUGGACACUCCUACCAAGCGUUCCCGCAAGGCAAGCAUUCUUCCCGCUGGUAUGGUCAGCUACGAGGGCGACGACCAGGGAGAGGAUGAUCCUGAGAGCUCUGCUUCCGAGUUCCUUCCUGACGAGGCGGGUGUGAAAAUGGAAGACAUGGAUAUGAUGAACUUUGCUUGA